UUGAAUAUCUCAUUGGCUACCCUCAAGCUCAGCAUUCAAGGUCCGAACUAUAAUGGUGUUGCAUCGCGUUUGAGGAAAAACAUACUAAAUAUUAUUAAAAGCCGGCCACACACAUACACAAAUAUUAUAAAAGCUUAUUGGAGCAAAAAAAUGCUAACCUUUACUCAUGGCGCUAAACUUUAUUGAUAUUUUGUGAAAUUUUUCAUCUAGUUUAAUAUGAGUCAACCUACACAGUUGGACAAGCAGGCUUUGCUGGAAAGCCUUGAUGGUUGGGUUCUGGGAUGUCUUGAAGAUGAAUUGUCAAAAGAAGAUGCAUGGCAGGGUUUAGCACAAAGCAUCAAGAUGCCCAAUGGCUGUCAAUUGUACAGCAUGGGAGAGCUAAGCUACCUGAAGCAGUCACCACGUCCAGCAGCAGCACUGAUCAAGCAGUUGGUACAGAGAGGCCUAUCUCUGGCCAACCUCCUGCAGCUUCUGCAAGCUGCUCAGCUGUCACAUCUUCACUCCAUACUUUCUCCUAAAGAAGUAGCAAAGAUCACAAGUCAGUCGCAUGAAGGCUGCUUGCCAGUCAAGCUUGGAGGCAGUGUGAAUGUAACCAUCAGCACCUCAGGCAACCCUCCAGCUGAACUUGUGUGGUACAAAGGCAGCUUUCCUCUACUGCAUCAAACCUCCCACUCCCUCAAAUUGCAACAGUUUGGGCCACAAGAUGAGGGCAUCUACUUGUGUCUGGUGCGACAGAAAGUCCCGCUAGACUCCCCCCAGUGGACAGGAAUUGCUGGAGAGUAUUUGGAGCUGUGGAGCAAUCCUGUCGAACUUUGCCUCAUGGAGACUGUUCCUGUCUUCUCCUUGGAGCCUGUGGAUGUAAAACUAAAUCUUGGGGAUAAGUUGCUGCUGGAGGUGCGAUGUGACGCGACGUACCCGCCUCCUGUGUACCGCUGGUACAAGGACCAGCAGCUCCUUAUUUCUUCUGACAGUAAUGUUCUCUCUGUGGACAGAGUGGACGUAUCCAGCGGUGGUCUGUACUGGUGUGUGGCGCAGAAUGUUGCCGGGAAGGCGACCUCACGCCGCUGUUCUGUCCUGGUAUGCGGAACCCGUGAGAUAUGCGCUCCGGUAUUGGUGCGAGAACCCCGCGUCGCAGGCGCUGCAGAAGGAGAGGUCGUGAUGUGUCGCGGUCAACCGCUGCAGCUUUGGUGCUCCGUGCGCUCUGCUCUGCCAUGCACCUUCACUUGGACCAACAACGGCUAUGCUAUGCCUGGCAAGAGCAGCCCUUGGCACAGCACAAUGUGCUCGCAUGAUGGUGACGUGUGGCACAGCUGUCUGCUGUACACGCCCUCCGACACAGACCUGUCGCUGCUAAGGCUGCUGUGCGUCGUCUCGAACGAGGCUGGUCAGGUUGUAUCCCGCGAGGUUGUGGUGAGACUCAAGGAACUAAGCACCGCCCCGCGAGUUUACUCAGCGUACAGGAAGUGGGCGCUUCUGGUUGGCAACUGCCGCUACGAAGGCAAGCCGCUGCUCACGACUCUGCCUGACUGCCAGCGCAUCGCUGCUACGCUCACAACGCAUGGUUUCAGGUGCUUGGUGUUGGCUGAUCUGUCCUUGUCACAUUUCCGUAACGCGGUGAGCUUGAUGUGCACCUUCGUCCAGCCCGGCGAUUACGUGAUGUUCUACUACGGCGGCCACGGUUACCACGACAGCGGUGACCGUAUGAUCGCCGUUGAUGGCUGCGACGCGACGGCCGCGUCGUCUGAGGCGGCAACGCUGCGGGGCAGCUGCCUGUCCCCCGUGUGGGUGAGGAAUGCUUUCCUGCGCUGCACUCCCGCCUUGCUCUUCAUCGUGCUGGACAUGUGCAGGACCACGCUGCCACCUGCCACGGAAGGAAGUUCAGAAGGGAGCUUGAGACUGCAGCCUGAGGUUGCGAAUGCUGCGCGAUGCAGCGUAGUGCUGCACGCUACGUCGGUGCGGUGUGCGGCACUAGAGUCCCCCGACAGCAUGUCGGUGCUGACCAAGCAUUUGCUGCGUAGACUCACUACACACGCUCGCCAGCCGCUCACCAACCUCGUCGCUACUGUUCUGCAAGACGUGUGUGGGGACAGCAGCCGAGUGAGGGAGCAGCAGUUCCCUAUGCUGGAGGUCGACCUUGCCUUGCCCCGCACCCUCGCCGACUCUCUAACCGCCCCCACUGGCGCUGUUGUGGAGCGAUGGAACCAGAUGCUAAGCGUGGGUGGCUCCGUUUCUUCUGAAGUCCUGCUGCCGCUGUGCAGAAAGAUGACGCCAUCCGUUAAUUCUGACACCCUUGUAGACUCAUUCCAAAAUUCUUCUGAAGAUUGCGAUGAAGAUAAUUUUGCGGAAAAAUUCGACGCGUACGUUGCUAAAGAGCUCCAGGGUCUGAAAAUUUCGCACCCUGAUUUCAUCAAAAGAAAUAAUCUGAAUGCAACAAGCCCCUCUGGUAUUAAAAUUAGUAAUCCUGAAAGCGGAUGUAGUCCAACUUAUAACGGUAAUAUUUCUUCGCAUGAUCCUCGGAAUGUUCCUCAAAGCAAGGAUUGCAUGAAACAUCAGCUGAGCACCACCGUACACUUGGCCCCAUAUUUUCAGCAGCCCGUCAAUGAGACGGCGGCGACAGUGACGCGAGCCCUUGUCAGCAGUCGCGCCGCGCUGCUCUGUGGUGAUCACCCCGUGGCCAAUAUUGCCCUUGUACGCGUCGAUGUGUGCUUCCAAGGACCUCCCGUACCCUACACGGUCACCCUUGAGGCUUUCGGCUGUCGUAUCCGGCAAGUGUCCACAGAUCAGGCGCAAGUGACGGUAUACCGCAUAGAGGACCUGCACUGCCUCUCGGUACCUCUGAGUGUGACUGUGAAGUUUCCAGUUGGCUGCGCCAAGUUAGACAACAGCUGCGUCGGUGACGAUAUUUCUACUGUAUGUGGAGAGUGUUGUUCUCACAACCACACGAAUAAUCCCUCCAAAAAUCUUGAAAUGGGCGUUAGGUAUACUGACUCCAGCGUCUGCCGGCUGAUGAAACACGCGCAGUUGAGUGAACCUGACGACGCACACUGGAAGGUGAUGAGACUGUCGCUGGGACUGCCCGGUCUCUCCAAGACUAAUCUUCAUGUCAAUGACAUGAGAGGCUCUGAUGUCAACGUGCCUGAUGAACAGGUUGGAACUGGGACGGUCGACUCCAUGAACAUAGCAUUCUGAUCGUUCAACUGCGUACUUCAGUCUUGAUAUAAUCGCUUUCGGGGGAUUAGUUCCAGGGCAGCAAGCAAAUAAUAUAUUUAUAUUAACCAGUUACAUGGGGGUGUUAUGACGUACAAAGAUUUUACUCUCAUUCUAUUGUUCUUUCGGUGAUUAAUAGAUUGUAUUUAUUUGUAUGUUAAAUGAAUUGUUAUUGUGAACAUGAGUAUCAUUUGGAAAUCAAUUGUACAAGUGUGCUCAUCAGGCCAAUUAUUUUCUUACCUUCAGGCUGGCAGUUUCUUCAAUUUUAUAUUUCUUGAGCAAAGAGGCUCUCCGAUCCGAUCUGAAUGAUUUUAUGAUGGGCUUCAUGAGUACUAGCCACUAGGCGGAAAAAAUUCCCUGCAAUGAGCCAUAAAAAUGCAAUAAGAUUAACACCAACGAAUGUAAUAAUUUUAUUAUGCCGUUUGAUCACCUGACCUUGUCUCUCUGUCUGUGCAUGUGUCUUUUGUAAGGAAAUUUGUGCAAUACAUCAAGUUUCUAUCGAAU